UUUGUGUGCCUGCAAACUGCUUGGCUAGGCUGGUCUUUCUUUCUUUCUCUGUUUCAAUACCAUAUGUCAUAAAGCAAAAACUCCGACGGCCCGAACAUCAUGGGUAGAGCCAAAAACAAGAGCACCAAGCGUGAGGAAUAUCGCAAUGCGCGUAAUCAGGAGGGCGUGGCGGAGUUGCCCAGAAAGAAGUUUUAUCGCCAACGCGCUCAUGCGAACCCCUUCUCGGACCAUCAAUUAGUCUACCCUGCGAGCCCAGAGUCCAUGAACUGGACGCAGUACUACCCUGCCUUUGCCGCCGAAGACGACAGGCCCUCUUUGGCUGGUGCGACAUCCUCCGACGCAACUGCCUUGGAUGUCUCGAAGCCAAAAACCCGUAGUUUGAGGAAAGACGUCGAAGUGGUGGACAUUGGGUGCGGCUUCGGCGGGCUACUCGUGGCAUUGUCCUCGAUCCUGCCAGAGACCCUCGUUCUCGGCCUAGAGAUUCGCACUUCGGUAACGGAAUACGUCCAGGAGCGCAUCAAAGCCCUCAGAGCGCAGAAUCAGAAGGAUGGCCUAUACCAGAACAUUAGCUGCCUGCGCGCUAACAGCAUGAAGUUCCUCCCCAACUUCUUCAAAAAGGCGCAGCUCUCCAAGAUCUUCAUCUGUUUCCCCGAUCCACACUUCAAGGCGCGCAAGCACAAAGCCAGAAUUGUGUCGACGACGCUCAACUCCGAGUACGCCUUUGCGUUGCGCCCAGGCGGCAUUGUCUAUACCAUCACCGACGUCGAACCCCUGCACCAGUGGAUGGUCGGCCAUUUCAACGCCCACCCUUCUUUCGAGCGUGUAUCUGAGGAAGAGCAGGACGCGGAUGAGUGUGUCAAGGUGAUGACAUCGGAGACGGAGGAGAGUAAGAAGGUGACACGGAACCAGGGGCAAAAGUACGUGGCUCUGUUUCGCAGACUCGAAGACCCCCCAUGGUGAGUAGGAAAUAGAGUGACAAGAUUCGGAAGCGAAAUAGUCUCAGAAAGUGAGAAGUCGUGGUCUAAUAUCGGCCCUGAGAAGAUCAAUAAUACCCUUCAUUGUUCAUUGUGGCAGCACUGUUGAAGCCCCAGGAUGUCCUCCAGCGUUGUCCGUCACGGAACUGGAU